UGCACAAGUGCUCGCCGGGAAAUGUGGUUCUUUCUCCCCGCUCUCGCCCAGUGCCCUCUGUUUUCGCGAGACUUACGUCCGCGGCUUGGUGUGUGGUAACAUUUAUGUACCAGGCGAACCGAACGGCGCUGAUAUGAAAUCUGCGUGAAGCCUUUAGAUCUUUGGAGGCAUGUCCAAGAAAAGGGGCAGGAAGCGAAGCAGCGGGGAGCUGAGUGACACAGUAACCCCAGACCCCAACAGCAUUCUGGGAGUACGUAUUCAACAUAACUGGCGCGAGAAGGGGAACCAGAGCAAAUGGAAGGGAACGGUUCUGGACCGGCUAAGUGUGAACCCUUCUCUGUUCAUGGUGAAGUACGAUGGCUUUGACUGCGUCUAUGGCAUCGAGUUGUUCAAGGACGACAGGGUGUCCAACCUGCAAGUCCUGUCAGAAAAAGUUGUAAACAAUAAAAUCAAGAUACCUCCAGGGGCGGAGGAGCUGGUGGGCAAAGCUGUGGAGCAUUUGUUUGAAAAAGAGGAUGGAGAGAAGAAUGAGUGGAGAGGCAUGGUCCUCUCCAGAGCCCCAAUCAUGACCAACUGGUAUUAUAUAACUUAUGAAAAGGACCCCGUGCUCUAUAUGUACCAGCUGUGGGAUGACUAUGCUGAUGGAGACCUCAGGAUUCUUCCUGAAGCAGAAAACAAGCACCUGUUGCCUGCAGACAGGAAGCCGGGAGAAGAGACAGAGAGCCUGGUGGGAAAACAAGUGGAAUAUGUUACUGACAAGGGUGUGAAAAGAACAGGCCUGGUCAUCUACCAGGUCCCAGCCAAGCCCUCUGUGUACUAUAUCAAAUAUGAUGAUGACUUUCAUAUUCAUGUCUACGACCUGGUGAAAACUACCUAAAGAUAGUGGACGUUUUUGUCUCACUCCCCAGCCUUCCUCCGCCUGCUUCUGUUUCACUCAUUGUUAUAACCUGUUCAAAGCAAUGACAGGGUUGAAUAGUUGUUAUACGCUUUAUUAUUCAGAAGAAAGUGCAAUCUCUCUUUUGUAUGCACAGCAGAACUGUAGCACUGCUAUGCUUGGCUACGUAGGUCGGGGAGAUGAAGUACACCUGUUUUAAUGUUGCUGCUCUACUUUAUACUUUCAUGUUUGAACAGACAAUGGUUGCAAUGGGCAGGUGGAUUCCGUAUUUGCAUUGUGAUCCCAAAGAUCUUCACUGAUAAGUGAUUACAGUAAUAUAUUCCACAAUGACUAAAUGAGACGCUCAAAUUAUAUUUCUAAAACUAUAAUUAGUAGUAAUAAGAAAUAAGUUGGAUACAUGUUUUUUUGCAUAGAUGCCUUCUGGAGAGUAACUGACAUGUAUUUAUCCAACACAUUUGUUGUAAGCUAACUAAAUAAACUUACUUUGAGGCCCUAAUAUGCUCAAAUGGAAAUUGGGUUUGUGGAAAUUUAGUCCUGCUCUUUUGCACAAUAUUUACCAUUGUUGGUUUUAUUAUUAAGCCACAUUUUCAAGCUUGACACGUUUUUCUGAAGGAAAGUUUCAGCACAGGUGUACUACAGCAGCACAAGGAACAGGCCCUUUAGUUCUGGCAGUUAGGACACUAAAUUCCCCCUUUUGAAUUUGAUCCCACAGAAAUUAUCAAGUGCCUUCUGGCUGCUCAUUUUGCAAUAUUGUAUAUAUUAAGAAAUUAUUGCAUUCAAAGGCUGCUAUUCGGUUUUCAUGUAGGAGUGACAACCCUGACAGAUUGAGGACAGUUCUGCAACAAUCAUUUCACAUACGUGCUUUGUUUUGCACCUAAUGCCGUAUAAAGAAGUUCUUUAGAUGUUACACGUGCUGUCGUUAUAUAACCUCACUGUUUAUCUGGUGGGGAGCACUUUAAUAGCUUCACGUUUUCAUUUUGGAGCUUGUUAUAUGCUUUAUAGCUUUGCAAAAAUGCUUGUGUCCUAAAAGCAGAUGUGGCAAAAUAUUACUUUAUAUCACGCAUGAGGGGGAAAAACAGUAGCAAUACAUCCAGAUGACAAUAUUUAACCUGUGCAACUUGCCUUGUAAUGUUGUCUGAUUGUUAUUGUCAUUUAUAUGAAUAUGUCACUACAACACCAUCAGCGUAUAGUAAAAGGGUGAUGAGUAUACAUAAAUUAUAAACUGACCAGUAUAACUAACUGACAAAGCAGUAGCUUACUGUGUGUUACUCUUGUAAACCUGAUGCUUGCAGUAUAGAGCUCCCACUUUUGUCAGUGUUGUAGUUGCUGGACUGGCUUGGUCUUUUACAGUCUGAGAAAAGUAAAUCAGGUGUACUGCUAUUAUUUUAAUUAUUUAAAACGCUGCAUGGAACAUCUGAACAGUGUGCUUGAAUAUGUUUAGACAGUGGACAGGUGAUUGUACAGCAGAUUUAGUGCCAUUUCUUUUAGCUGCAUCAAAAAAAACUCUUUAACACUGUACAUUACCAAAAGUGGUGCUGUUGAGUGUUUUGGUUAUGUGGACUUGCAAACAACUUUGCACGCUCUUUUUCGUGCUUUCAGUGAUCUACUCCUAUUCAGAAAGUUGUAGUAGUAUCAAUGAGGAAAUCUGUGACAUUAUUAUUCUGUCAUGAGUAAUAAAAGGGUUUUGCACAUUU